AUGGCGACCCUACGCCCCACAGCCCGCCGCCUCAUCUCCUCCGGCCUCUUCGACACCCGCGCCUCCCUCAUCCCUCACAAACGCUCCUUCGCCACCGCCGUCUCCGACGUCCCACCCACUACCUCAACGUCCACCACACCCCGCCCAGCAACAGCCUUCUCCGACCGUCUCAACGCCGGCCCCUCCUUCAAUGACUUUGUCUCCCCCAAACCCGCUGAAGAAGUCGCCGAAGACGAAGCCUACGAACUCCGCACAGUCCAAGUAGGCCCAGAGGGUCGGAAACGCACCCAUACCCGCCUGCCCGAAUGGCUGAAGACACCCAUCCCCAACAACGAAAACUACAAACGCAUCAAAAACGACCUCCGCGGCCUCGGGCUCCACACCGUCUGCGAGGAAGCCCGGUGUCCAAACAUCUCCGACUGCUGGGGCGGCGACGACAAAUCCGCCGCUACGGCUACUAUCAUGCUGAUGGGUGAUACCUGUACGCGUGGCUGUCGGUUCUGUUCGGUGAAGACGAGCCGUGCACCACCGCCUCUUGAUCCACACGAGCCGGAGAAUACGGCCGAGGCGUUGAAGAGAUGGGGGUUAGGGUAUGUAGUGAUGACGGCUGUGGAUCGAGACGAUUUAGCAGAUGGAGGCGCCCAUCAUUGGGCGGAGACUGUGCGGAAGGUGAAGCAGAAAGCACCAAAUAUCCUCGUCGAGACACUAACGGGAGAUUUCGACGGACAUCUGGACAUGGUGAAGUUGGUCGCCCAAAGCGGCAUGGACGUCUACGCCCACAACGUGGAAACCACCGAAGAACUAACCCCCUACGUCCGCGACCGCCGCGCCAAAUUCCGCCAAUCCCUUGCCGUCCUCGCCGCGGCAAAAGAAGCCCGCCCGAACCUCAUAACCAAAACCUCCAUCAUGCUCGGUCUCGGCGAGACCGAAUCCCAACUCUGGGCCACACUCCGGGAACUCCGGGCCGUGGACGUGGACGUCGUGACGUUCGGACAGUACAUGCGGCCUACUAAAAGACACAUGAAGGUCGAGGAGUAUGUGACCCCGGCCACUUUUGAGCUGUGGAGGCAGAGGGCGUUGGGACUGGGGUUCAUGUAUGUGGCUUCGGGGCCGUUGGUGAGGAGUUCGUAUAAGGCUGGAGAGGCGUUUAUUGAGAAUGUGAUUAAGAAGAGGGCGAGGCAAAGUAGUUUGUUGGCUGCGGCGGCUAUGGGGGAUUUCAAGAGUUUGAAGGAUGCUUGA